CCUCCUCCUGCCUUCACAUGGUAAUAGUGGUGAUCUUGUCACAGAUGGCGAAGGUAUCAACAUCUUGUCGCAGCUACCGACAGGAAGCUGUGGUGGUGUGAUGAUGGAACUCUGUUAGUUGUCGUCAGCUCUUUCUACCUGUACAUCGUCUGCUCAAAGAUUGCUCAUCUUAUUCGUAUGUUGAUUGUGACACAAUGAAUCCUGCACAGAGAGAGUGUAGAAGCGUGUGACCCCGGCAUGCUCCCUGUUUAUCUCUUAUCACCGAGCUACAUUCAGCCCACCUUCCUGCCUCUCAUCCACUCAGAGUCCAGUUUCAAGUUUAGUCGGUCUAUCCGAUUCCUUGUUCUGUAGCUUUUAUUAUCUCAAACUCUUGUAGUGUCUGGCAGUUGUUUUUAAGCUGAAAUCUCCGCAGUGGCUUUUACUUACCAGCUUUGUGUGUUGCCAGCCAUGCCGAGGUCCUGACCCACAUACAGUGAGUCUUGUGACUCUCGCCGUGUGACACGAGUUAUGCCAUUCAUGCUCACAAGGUUACACGAUUUUUCCGGUUAUUCAUCAUCUUCAAGGAGUCGUGAACAGUUCGGAUUUUUCAUUUUUCUGUUGCGAUUAUCGUCGGAACGAUGAAGUCCUCAGAGUAAAUUCAUCUCGAGACUGGCGGCUCCAGACGAGGUCACGUGGCCCACUGAGACAGGAGGACAUCAGCGAGAAUAAAGGCUGAUAAAGCCGGAGUGACAUCAGUAACGUCCCCCCGGCGUGGGGAAGUUGCCUGAAGUGAACGUCGCUGGCCGCAAUCACCGUUUGUCGUGGUCCAAAUAUGAGAAAACAUGCUGCCUGUGCGCUUGGCUCGAUCCUCCUCCAUACAGUCGAGGGCUCCCGACACGCUGGAUGAUCAGCUCCUCAAGGUGGUCGUCAUCGGUGACGUCACAGUGGGCAAGACUUCAUUCAUACAGCGCUACGUCAACAACACGUACAAAGAGGGAUACAAAGCCACCAUAGGGGUGGAUUUCUCUCUGAAGCAGAUUCGCUGGUCCAACACCUGCUCGAUCAAGCUGCAACUCUGGGAUAUUGCAGGACAGGAGAGAUUCGCAUCCAUUACGCGAGCUUACUAUCGGGGAGCAGACGGCUGCUUCUUGCUCUUUGACCUCAGCAACAGCGCCACCUUGCGGAGAGCUGCACGCUGGAAGGAGGACUUGGAUGCCAAGUGCAGGCUGCCAGACGGCUCUCCGGUGCCGUGCUUACUGCUGGCCAACAAGAGCGACCUGAGGCAGAGACAGGUGACAAAGGAGGAAAUACGAGACUUGUGUCAGAAAUACGCUUUUGUCGGCUGCAGGGAGGUGUCCGUGAAGGACAACAUCAAUGUCGCCGAAUCUGUCAGGUUCCUAGUGGAUAUAAUUAUGGGACAGUCGCACCUUGCCAACAGUCCGACCAAAACUACCCAGCUACAGGAUAGCCAUCCAGCUGCACGUCGCAAAUUCUGUGCCUGUUGAGAAAAGCUGUUUCUCCCCUUCCAUCGCCUUCACCUGAUUUCUACUCUCGAUUCUGACCCUACUCAUCCACGAGCACUGUUCAUGAUUUACAUCAAAUAAACGCUUUUGUCACGAACUUCAUGAACACCAAGCAUCGCCGCGUAGGAUAGUCAAGAGAGAUAACCACUCCGCAAGUCCUGUUGAUUUGGGUUUAAGGUGUUACCUCCCUUGCACCAUGAUUUUCACCGGGCCAGACAUCUCUUCACUUCAGUGAGUCAAGAUGUACUUCAAAUUAACUCCGUUGUGUGCCUGAUGAUGAGCCGGAUCUACGGAAGUGUUUAAAUACUUGUUGAUUGACAGGAGGAAAUGCUCCUUGUUGUUAACGAUUGUUUGGGACUUCGUUUUGUUGUCAUUUUCUCUCUGGGGGUUAUUAUUUGGCGGAGGGUUGUUGGCCCUGUCGAUGUAAAGGUAUACUAAUAGCAUAAAAAAAAGUGCGUAUCUGCAGUAUGUGCGAAACUGUAACUUUAUGUGUUUAUGUAUGUAGACUUUGUAUGUGAGUUUGGUGCAUUUGUUUCUAAGGGGGAGAAAGAAAGAGAGCGAGUAAAUGAGGCAGCACGAAGGAGAAAGAGAAGAUGUUUGUAUAUGUCUAUGUGUACAUGUGUCAGAGAGUCUAUGCUAGCGAGCUCUCUCUCUCACACACACACACACAAAUGUGUGUAUAUAGUCGUAUAUAGUCGUCCCUCGCUAUAAUGUUAAUUCAAACAUAUUAAAAGAAUAUUAAAUGAGUAUAAAAUACUGUAUGUACAGAUAUUUCAUCAGCUGACUAGCGCUUGCACAAGUUUGCCAACGUGAGAUUAAAAAUAAGAGUUGGAAAGGUUUAUAGAAAUGUGGGAAGUGUUUAUAAAGACUUAAUAUAUAUACACAAAUAAUUAAAUAUAACGUCGCUACUUCGCGAAUUUUCUUCGAUCAUGGGGAUCUCUGGAACCCCGCAGUAGGUGAGGAUCUCUAUAUUUUCUGUAAGUGCGUGCGCGCGCAGUUGUUUACGAGAGCUAUGCUUCUCCCUAAAAUUCAUUGUGUGACGUGUAUUCUGUACAAUGUGUACAGUAAAUAAUGAGAGAUUGUCAAGUGUUGCGAGUGUAUUAGAACAUAUGUUGUGAGCUGGCAGUAUUGUGUGUUUGGUUUUUAUGAUUACAGUCCUGUUGUACUCGACAUGCGCACAUUGCUGGAUAAAAACAUCGUACGUGCAAAG